GAUAUAACAUGUAACACGUCGUGAUGCGGGUGAAAAGUAGGAGCAAAUAGUACAGCCUUAGAAGAGGAAACCAAACGCGUAUCGUCUGUUGUGUAGUCAUAGCCAGUCACAGUUUAGUUCACUCUGCUGAUAUACAGUUACGUACAACCAAACAAUAAACACAGAGCAUAAUGACUUCCCUGGUGUAUAAAAACUCAAUGAAGGCCAUCGGGAAAUUCGUACCCGAAAAAUUACAGCCUCUGUGGAAUCAUCCAGCUGGUCCGCAGACGAUAUUUUUCUGGGCGCCAGCAUUCAAAUGGGGCUUGGUGAUAGCAGGUCUUGGAGAUUUGCAACGACCGGCAGAUAAAAUAUCAAUGAGUCAGUCAGGUGCUCUUGGAGUUACGGGAAUGAUAUGGACCCGAUAUUCAUUGGCUAUCACACCGAAAAAUUGGAGUUUGUUCAGUGUUAAUCUCUUCGUGGCUUUCACCGCGCUUUACCAAGUUGCUAGAGCUUUUAAAUACCAGCAAGAGCAGAAAUCGAAACCAACAGAAUUACCGGCGAUCAAACAAUGAUAAAUAUAAAACAAACAUUCCACUAGAUAAAAUGUUGCAAGUUAGCACCAACAGGUUUCUUUUAUACAUUGCUCAAGGGAUAGUUAAAUCACGAUAAAAAUAGAUAGUUAAUUAACAAAUAAAUAUCUUCCGGACGAAAAAUAAAGCGACGGCGAGUCUGAGCUGAUGACAAAAAAUAAAUACCGAUGGAAGAUUGUUAUAUUGUCAUAAACGAACCAAAUAACUGCGAAUGUCAAGAAAUAACCAAUGAUUAACUGU